AUGUCAGCUCUCAACGAAGGCAAGGUAAAGAGCAUCCUUUCCGGAGACACACUUAUACUGCAGAACAAGGCAAAGCAAGAGCGUACACUGAGUCUAGCAUUCAUUAACGCACCUCGUAUACAAUCAGACGAGCCGUAUGCCUUUGAGUCCCGAGAUUUCAUCCGUAAGCUCUGCGUAGGCAAGAUCAUCCACUUCAAGGUGCUGUAUGUGAUACCGCAAAAGGUUGGAGGAGCGAACCGCGAGUAUGGUAUCGUGCAAUUGCCGGGCGGGCAACAAUUACCGGACUUGAUCGUGCAGGAAGGCUGGGCGAAGCUGAGAGAUGAUGCGGAACGCAAGGCCGAGUCACCGCAAGCCACGGAGUUGCUGGAACGGCUAACUGCUUUCGAGGCACGGGCGAAGGCGGACGAGAAGGGCGUGUGGGCGACGAAGGCUUCGCAGGUGCAGAAUGUACGAGAGUUGCCGGAUCCCAAGGCUUUCGCGGAAGAACAUAAGGGCGAGCCAAUCGAGUCUGUGGUCGAGCGUGUACUCAGCGGAGACCGCUUGAUAUGUAGGAUGAUGGUCACGCCUACGCAGCAUGUCACAACCACCGUACUCGUUGCUGGCUUGAAGGCACCGACGACGGCGCGGACAAAUCCGUCGGACGGCUCGCAGCAACCGGCGGAGCCGUUUGGCAACGAAGCGCAGGCGUUUGUGGAAGAACGAUUGCUGCAGCGCAGUGUGCAGGUCAGGAUACUCGGGGUCUCACCUACGAAUGUGCUCGUUGGCGAAGUACGGCAUCCUGUUGGCAACAUUGCUGAGUUUGUACUCAAAGAGGGUCUGGCGCGCUGCAUAGAUCACCACUCUACCUGGCUUGGCUCAGAGAUGGGCAAGCUAAGGCAGGCGGAGCGGUCUGCAAAGGAGCAGCAGAAAGGCCUGUUCAAGAGCCACACCCCUCAGCGAACCGGAGGCAGCGAGAGCGAGGCCGUGGUCAGCAGAGUCUUCUCGGCUGAUACGCUCAUCAUCCGGAACAAGAGUGGCGCGGAAAAACGAAUCAAUCUCAGCAGUGUCCGACAACCCAAACCUACAGAUCCGAAACAAUCACCGUUUGGCGCAGAAGCGAAAGAAUUUCUUCGCAAGCGUCUAAUUGGCAAGCACGUCAAGGUCAAGAUUGACGGCACGCGGCCGGCAACAGAAGGCUAUGAGGCGCGCGAGAUGGCUACUGUAUCAAGCAACAACAAGAAUGUCGCCCUGAUGUUGGUCGAGAGUGGCUACGCUUCGGUGAUACGGCACAAGAUGGACGACACCGAUCGCAGUCCGCUGUACGACGAGCUACUAGCGGCCGAAGAGGCCGCUCAGAAGGAGCAAUUGGGCAUGUGGGCACUGAAACCGCCAAAGCCGAUUACUUACGUCGACUACAGCGAGUCGUUGGAGAAGGCGAAGCGCCAACUCACAAUCCUAUCACGGUCGAAGAAAGUGCCGGCCAUUGUCGACUUCGCCAAGUCGGGCAGUCGGUUCACUGUGCUCAUACCACGAGAAGGCGCUAAGCUAACAUUCGUGCUCGGCGGCAUUCGGGCACCAAGGAGCGCUCGAGGCCCCACUGACACCGCUGAGCCUUUCGGCCAAGAAGCGCACGAUUUCGCCAACAAGCGUUGUCUGCAGCGAGACGUGGAGAUCGACGUCGACGAUACUGACAAGCAAGGUGGCUUUAUCGGUACACUGUAUGUCAACCGUGAGAACUUCGCCAAGCUGCUCGUUGAAGAAGGAUUGGCCUCCGUGCACGCCUACAGCGCAGAGAGGUCGGGCAACGCAAACGAGCUCUUCGCUGCGGAACGCAAAGCAAAGGAGGAGCGGAAGGGCAUGUGGCACGACUGGGACCCGUCAAAGGAAGCUGAGGAGAAUGGAGACCACGAGGAAAGUGCAGCUACUAAUGGCGCAAACGGUACGAACGGAGAAGUAGCUGCAUCAAAGAGACCGGCCGACUAUCGCGACGUCGCUGUCUCGUACGUGGACCCAUCUUCUGCGCGCCUAAAGCUGCAGAUGAUCGGCUCGCAGAAGCAAAACCUCGAUUCAGUCAUGAAGGAUUUCGCCAAUUUCCACAUCUCGCCGUCGAACAGCAAACCGCUAGCGCAGCCACCCAAAGCCGGCGACGUCGUAUCCGCCAAGUUCUCGCAGGACGGCGUAUGGUACCGCGCUCGCAUAAGGCGCAACGACCGAGACAACAAGACCAGCGAGGUGGUCUAUAUCGACUACGGUAACUCGGAAACACAGCCUUGGAGCUCCCUCCGACCGCUAGACUCCGACCGCUUCGGUCUGCAGAAACUGAAACCGCAAGCCGUUGACGCUGCGCUCUCAUUCAUCCAGUUCCCGACCAGCCCAGAGUAUCUGUCUGAAAGCUGCAACAUGCUCAACGAGAUUACGUACGAUCGCCAGCUCAUAGCGAUGGUUGAUUUCAACGACACGCGUGAGAAUCUGCUCUGGGUGACGCUGCUGGACCCGAGUCUGGGCUCGUCUUCCUCCGCUGGAUCUUCGAAGCGCGUGACGCUCAAUGCCGAGAUCGUAAGCGAAGGACUGGCGAUGGUGGCAAAGAAGCUGCGGCCGUUUGAGCGGGCGGCGCCAGAUGUGCUGGCUGACUUGCAGGCACGUCAGGCUGAGGCGAAGGAAGGGAGGAGGGGGAUGUGGGAGUAUGGCGAUCUGACUGAGGAUUGA